UUGGUGAGUGUGGGUGGUUUUUCUGCGCUCAAUUCCGCGCGCAAUUGUCAACUCUCUGAGGCUGCGGAGUGGGGAAGAGCGUCGCCCCCAGAGCGCCUCCUCAGCAGAAGCGGGGGCUGAAAGUGUGGCAGGUGGUCGGUGUGCAAUUCUCGCCCCGUCUUCCCCACAUUGGGGGCGCAUUCCUGGGACUCUUUGGGGCGCUCGCGGAGUCGCGAAUAAUAGGACGGUGUUUAUUAUUAGCCGCUUUUAGAGUCAUUUAUUUUGGUGUUUUUCUCACGAUUUGAGUAUUCUGGCCGGAGCUGGGAAAGCGCAACUGAUACGCACCCGCGAGGAAAUGACCCCGGACUGCGGCGGAAUUUCCACAGAGGCUCCGUGAGAAAAGUGUGCGGCGGAGUCCCGGUGAAAGUUGAGAGGCGAAAGAGCGGAAUUUGCAGAGUUUCCUGCCAAGGCAGGCAGAAAUCGUUGCGAUUGAUAGCACAAAAGGAGGAGCAACGAAAGUGUGGCACUUUUGGUGGUGAAAUGGCACCGAAGGGUGGCAGAUAACAUCGCAGGCGAAUUGCACGGAAAUGGGCUGUUGUGCAUAGACAAAGGCUUACGGAAGGGUAUUUGAACCUCACUGUCCAUCGGAAACAAUCGCCCUGGAGACUGAACUGCCCGUGAUAGUUCCACCUCUCUCUACUCCACCGUAUCAGCGACUCACUCAAGCACUCCAAAAUGAACCGAGAUUCGCAGAAGAGGUGGCACUGGGGAGAAGGAUUGGAAUGUACAAAUUCUGCAAAGACAUUGGACGUGGAAAUUUUUCGAAAGUGAAAUUGGCUGUCCACCAAUUAACAAGAGAUAGUGUGGCCAUUAAAGUGGUGGACAGGAGUCGAUUGGAUGCCAGAGCACUUCGCAUGCUCUCUCGUGAAGUCACAACUCUGGAAUGUGUUCACCAUCCCAAUAUUUUAAGACUAUUCGAAGUGGUGGAGACACUAAAUCGUGUUCACCUGGUGACGGAAUUCAUAUCAGGUGGUGAAUUGUAUCAUCGCCUAAUCAACGACGGUCCAAUUCAGGAGCAGCAAGCAAGCAAAUUAUUCCGUCAACUCCUGUCCGCUGUCCGUCAUAUGCACAAUUUGGGAUUUGUCCACCGGGACAUCAAGGCGGAAAAUGUGCUUCUAGUCAACGAGGACAAAGUCAAAUUGGCGGAUUUUGGAUUCAGCACACAAUUAUCAAAUGAGCCAUGUCGCACCUUUUGUGGAAGUCCUCCAUACGCGGCUCCCGAGCUGUUCAGUGAUGACGACUAUGUGGGCAAGCCGGUGGACGUCUGGGCGCUGGGCGUACUGUUGUACUUCAUGAUCAUCGGAAACAUGCCCUUCAGGGCACCCACUGUGCCCGCGCUCAGGACAGCAGUCCUAAAAGGGGACUAUCUCCUGCCUGGCCACUUAACUCUUCCAUUAAUUCGGCUAAUCCAGCGAAUUUUAGUUCAUGUGCCAUCAAGGCGUCCCACAAUCGAACAAAUGAUCCAGUGCCAGUGGCUGAACAACCCGCCGAAGCCGCUCAAUGAGAUGAACCGGAAGAAGUCGGGCUUCUGGCGCAUCAAAGCGCGCAACAUUCGCUCCUCGCGAUCUACCAAAGAUCUCACACAGCUGGACUCACGGAGUCUCGUGCCGAUCGCCUGCAAUACCCGACGUGGCAACAGUGUUCUGGACGAGAGCUUUCUCUUUCCGCUGGAUGUGAUCACGCGUGAGGAUGUGGACGAGCCGGUGGCGUCGGUGCAGCAGCGCAGAUCAUUCUUCGGGGCCAAUUCGAAGAAGAAGAUCGGCCCGAUGGAGACAGAGCGCCGCGAGUCGGGGAAGAUGUUCAAGCGGAGCAGCUGUGUGGAGAUCACGAGUGCCAAUGAGGUGCUGAAUGACAAGAAGCACAUCAUGAUGGAGUCCAGAUCGGCGGUGGAUAUUCAGAACAGCAUGUCGCAAGAGGAGGAAGAGGGAGAGUUCAUCAUGAGGCCGAGCUUUACGUACGAUCUCAGUCACUUGCAUCCGCUGGAGGUCGAAACCAGGCGUAUUCUUGAGAAGCUGGGCAUCUCGUCGGAGAUGCUCUGUCAUUCCAUAUCAAGUGGACCAAGGAGCGAUGUUAUAGGUGCUUACCGAAUAGUUGUAAAUCGUCUGCAGAAGCAGAUUCUGCUGGCCAAAUUGAAGGAAACCCUUGCCAAAGAGGAAGCGAACGCCACCAAAUCCAAAGGAAACACCACCUCAUGUGUCAUUCUGUAGAGGAGCACGAGAAUGGCCACAUCACAAUAUUAUCUCUUUUUACCUCCAUUAGAUUUAUUUAUCUAGGCUGAGAUGAUGAGCGGGAGAUGCGAAGCGCAGAAUGUGAAAUCACUUUCAGCUGUGCAGAGAGUGAGAUUACUUUAGGCAUGCUUAGAGAUUGGAAUUGAUGUUGUUAUAUGAGGAUGUGAAGCAUAAAAAGACAGUAUAUGAGAUUUGCUGAUAGAUUUUGGAAUAAUGUGAUCACUAUUGUGAUUUGAUAUCGUUGCCCGUGCGCCUCUUUUGCCAGCGACAAGUCGCGGCGGAGCUAAGGAGAAGGGAUAUCAACGAUAUUUAGGUGUUUACAAUUAAGUUUAUUAGAUGUUCUGUGCACUUCACUGAGAAGUGCACCACACAGAGUACGUGGGUUCCUAAACUUAAGUCAAGAUUAGAUGGUAGAAUGAGAUUACCCUCUGUAAGACUCGUGAAAUUCCUCUCCCGUUUCAUUUACAGUUAUUAAAAUUAGAUUUGAGAUGCUUUACGUAGUUGAGAAGAGAGAUAUUCUUGUUUGCAUGUUAAUAAAGUCACUGAUAUCUUUCCACUGUUCAAUGAUGCACAACAAUGAAUUUUAGAGAGGACGAUGAAGACAUUUUGAAUCUACAUAUUGAAAAUUUUUAAAUCUAUCUUCAUUCUAGUGAAAAUGUACGAAGGAAACUUUCCAAGAAGGCCAAUUUAGUGAAAUUAAUCACACAAUUACAUAUGUAAGACACUAAAUAGUCAACUUUUCCCAUUUUUCCACUGUGAGAAUUUUCAUACUUGAUAAUGAGCUUUGGAGAAAAAACCGCAUCUUUCUAUCAAAUAACUGACUCUCAAACAUUGAUGCAUUUUUGGUUUGAAAGUGAAAUCAAAUACCAUUGAUAUAGUUGAAUAGUGAAUGAUGAAAAAUGUAGCGUAAAAUUAAAUGUUAAUUGCAGCAAAUAAAGACAAUGUUAUAU